UAGUCAAUCAGUGUAUUGACAAGGAAACUACCACGUAGAGGAGGAACGUUUCCGGCAAUUUCCACUACUAACUCGAGCCCGACCACUGCAUGUGUGCUCUUGUCGAAAAAUAAUGGCGAUGGUCCUUUUAUUUUCUCUUUCAAUGGGAGAGGCUUGGGGACUUAAUUGAGAAACUUUACAAGUUUGGGGACGCAAAUUAAAUCACACAGAUUGAUGGAUAGCAAGUUGAAAGCCAAUACAACUUCCCCGGGAAAUGAAGACUAGAGAGGUUAGACGCCAACAAGCUUGAAGUGCAUCUGUUCCUCAGCAAUGAUGGUCACACGAAUAAGGCUACUUCUGAGAAGCCGUGGGUGCGGAUUGCUGAGGCAGUUAUGCAGGACCUGCUCCCUUCUGCCGUCUCGGAGGAGAGGCCCCCCAAGUAAAGACUCUGUCAGUGAAGCCUCUUCAAGUCUGUAUAAUAUAAACUUCCGCACUGAUGUUCUGGCAUCGUAUGUGAAAAGUGUCACAGACAAUGUCACUCCGAAAAUCGGAGCCAAAUCAGAAGAUAUAAAGGAUAUUUACCUUGUUAAGUUGGCUGAUAAAUCUCGACUGGAUGUAACGGUCAUUUGCAAAUGCAGAGUUGUGAAGGAAGAGAAGCGACUUGAACUUCACAAGGUCGAGUUAAACCCGGUCCGCCACAUGAUAUAUGACAUAUCAUGUCUUGAGAAAGAUCUUGACCUGAGGUUAAUGGUCUUCACCAAGAGAACCGUGUCAUCUCCCACUCAUGAUGACAGAAAGAGCAUAAAGGACUUGAUCACGUAGCAAUCUUAGACCCGAGUGUGAAGGGAGGCUUGAGAUGGUGGAUAGGAGAGUCGCCGUCCGCGGAGGAUAGAUACCGAGAGGUCCAUGGGUCUAGUACAAGAAAUAUGAAUUCCAAUAACUAGUAAAGGGACACGGUAGUCCCAUCAAGUACUGAACUUGGAAUCUUUCAAUUGCCAAAAAAAGGACAUGAUAAAUUUCAUUUACGAUAGUCGAAUUCAAAAAUUUCUUAUUAUUAGGUGAGUAUGCGUGGCACUUAUAUCCCCACCCAUUCUCCCAAUUAUUUUUGUAUUAAAGAAAUGAAAUUAUUAAUCUUCGCGUGAUUCAUAUUCUUGUGUUCGUAUUGACAAUAAUCCAAAGAAAACUUUCUCU